CAAAUUCUCCGCCCUACCACUUCACCGACCUCAAUAAUUACAAAGAUAAGCUUUAACAAGCUUCAGCUUCAGAUUAUUUUCUAAACUGUGAGAUGUGGAACUCGUUUUUAAUUUCCGUAAUAUAUCUAGUCGGCGUGUGUAAGGCUGUACUGCCCAACGCCCCCGACUGCCAUGCAGCCCAGGAUACAGUUCUAGACAAUGCUGACCCCAUCAGCUUGUUCGGCGUCACGCAUGAGCUGGGUGUCAAGGCUACUCCACAGAGGGUUGGCAACUUGCGACAAAAUGGACCUCUUCCUACUGGUCACUUCGCUACAAAUCACAUCAAGAACAAAGACAUUUGGCCAAUUAUACAAACACCAUAUCAAAUACUUUUAACGCCUGAUGGUGCUGUACAUGAUGCCUACACAAUGGAUCGCUGGAACGAUCCAAAGCGAACCGACUUCAUGGAACAGCAGUCGGCGUGGGAGCAGGGAAAACCUUGGAACAAACUUAAUGACAUGGGCUCCAAUAUGCGCCAGAUGACAACAGGGCCCGAUGGGAACCCGCUCUCAGGAUUCUCAGGCAAAUCAGGAGUGCAAGUUGAUAUCGCAGGCUCCACGGAGCCAACACUGACAUCUUUCGGGGAGUUGUACGCCAAUUUUCUCUAUCAUGGGACAACUGGAACCAUGGAGGUCCCAAUAGUUCGAGGGUCAGCGUUUGCUACCCACGUCCUCAAGUCUGCUAACCCAGUGGUCAAACCUUACUGUCUUACAGCAAUCAACAGACAUGCCGUCAGCUUCGAUUGUCCUGUUUUGCCGUCAGCUGGUGAUGGCGGCAGUGGUAACAUUGAAGGCGAAUGUCACGGUGGAGUGCUAACAAUUACAUUACACAACAGUAAGGCAGUCACAGACCUCAAGCUUUUACAGUGGGCGGCAGACCCUAAGAGUAACUGGGGAAGGACAUUCAUGCGAACAUGUGACGAUUCGCAUUGCACUGCUCAAGAUGGCGGGAAGACGAUCAAAAUUCGAAUCCCCAAUUCAUCAGGUGUGAUGAACUACGCCGUCAACUACAUCGGCCACUACCUUGUUCCUUCCGACUGGACCAACCACCCAGGGGAGACAACCUGCACAGCCAAGCGAGCAGUUAGUCACAGGGCGCCAGGUGACGUCACCUUAAGUGCAACCUGUACUACGUCACUAGACUUAACAGUCACUGUCGACUUGGGAACUGAACCUUUUCCAGGAAUAGACCAUUUUCAAUAUGCGCUAGAAACCGCUUCUGCCUGGGUGGGUGGCUUCACACCAGGUAUGCACACAUGUUCACCUGCACAGUGCCAACACGUUGGGAAUCAGGUUACCAUGAAGGUCAAGGCCCCGUCCAACGACUUCAAAUUUGCCGUCAAUUUGAUCGGAGUUACAACGCUCCCUAGAUCAGGGUGGCUGGAACAUCCGUACCAGGGGAAAUGUGAUGGCUCGGUCCUCACAGAUGGUGAUGCUGCUGUAAAUCCCCAGGGUACACAAGCACCAAAUCUGGUGACCUCUGGCCCAGUGAAUUAUGGGUACAACACUGGGGACAUCGCACAGGCCAACACCAAGUUUGUCCUGGAGUUGAGGGAGCCUGGAACAGAUCUACCCGACAGGAGUCGAAAAUUUCUUCUCUACUUCUCCUCACCUGUAAUCGCAGCAAUCAAUCAAGGUGAUAUCACCUUUUCACCCCCCGGAGGCGGUCAGUACAGUGGUCUACUUCAGGUAGCCUACGCCGGGUCAUCGCCACGAGGGGAUGGUUCUCAGAUCAACUUCUUCGACAAAUACGCUGGCGUGUAUGCCUACAAGCCUCAAGUCAAAUACUGCGUUAGUGACGCUCGAAACAAAGGCUACGUCAGCUUUGACUGGAACACAGUGGAUGCUUCAGGUUCUCCUGCUACGGCAGGAACUUUGCUCAUGGUUCCCAUGCCGCACCAGGCCAUCAUUCUGACAAAAUCCCACCCUGACAAGAUCGUCAGCACGCCAUUUUUUUUCAAAGGCUAUGAGGGCAAUGACUGGCUGAUGGACUACGACGUUCUACACACUCCAGUUGAUCCAGAUCCACAGGCUGUUGAAAGGGUCAAGGCCAACCCAACACAACUGCAGAACAUUCUAGCAGCUAUAGACAGGGAUGCACAGAAUGAAAACCUGGACGCUAUAUGUGAGCAUACAGACAGCUACAAUGGUGGAAAAGGUCUAGGAAUGGUGACAAGAUUGGCUAGUUUGUCCAGGGCGUUUAACACGAACCACUACACUAAGCUAGAAAACUCACUCAAAAACUGUCUGGAGAAAUGGCUUAGAAUACAAGAUACACUUGAUGACAUGUGGAAGUUCCAUUACGAUGACGUGUGGGGCGGGCUCUUUCUUAGAGCCACAGGAGAUUCUGGCAUCGACUGGGGAGUGGAUUACGGUUUCCCCUACUACAAUGACCACCACUUUCAUUUAGGCUACUUCAUCUACGCCCUGGCAUAUUACGUUAAACACAACCGCAGCUGGGGAAACGCUCACAAGGCCGCCAUUUAUGCCCUAGCCAGGGACGUUGGCAACCCCAGCCCUAAAGAUCCCUACUUCCCGGUCUCCAGACAAAAGGAUUUAUACACCGGCUUCUCGUGGGCCUCCGGCUUGGUGCCAGGAGUUCGACAAGAAGAGUCAGCGUCUGAGGGUAUCAAUUGUUAUCAUGGAUUAGCUGCUCUUGGAGAUGCAUUCAACGAUCAUAAUAUGAGACAAACUGGCCAGAUUUUACUAGCGAUGGAAGUGGCAUCUGUUCGUGAAUACUGGCAGGUGCGCUCUCAUAAUCGGAACCAGUUUCCUCCAAUUCUCCAAAACUUUGGUGUGGUUGGGAUGAUAACAGAACCAGACUUCUACGCGUACACUCUGAAUUGGCCGUGUGAUCCGAACAUCUUCCCCCAGCGUCAUGGUUGUCUGGUGGGCAUCCAGGUCAUCCCCAUCACGUCUGUGUCCAAGUACUGGAUGGAUCAGGAAUGGGCUGGAAGUAUUCAACAUACAUGUGAGUCUGCAAUAAAUCCAAGUUCGAACCCAUCUUAUUCCAUAGCAGAAAAGACAGCUGAUCUCUCUCGACCCCUUGGGAUUGGCUGGCAAGUGUUCUGUCACGCGGCUAUGGCACCACUGGACGCCAGCCACGCUGAGGCUGCUGCCAACUAUGUUAAAGACAGGCGUCCACAAGAUCUGGUGGGAGGGACAGGUGCUGCUAGCACCCUGCUCUUCAUUUAUGCCAGCACUUAAUGAGACAAACUCAUUAUCGUGCCAGCACUUAAUGAGAUUAAAACCCAACUCAUGAUUGUGUUUUUACCAUUAAGUAUAUUUCACGUUUUCUAAAGCUGAAAAUAUAAUAGUUGGGGGAGGGGAGUUAAGCAGAAAAUAAUUUCCAGUUGAAAUAAAAUUGUAUGAAAGCUU